AGGGUCACUGAAGAUGGCAGAUACAUUGUUCUCUAAGAAGAGUGUUAGAUAGUAGCAAAAUGCUCAACACACACACACUCAUGCACAGACACACACACACACACACACACACACACACACACACACACACACACAGCCACAAAGACACUCAGUCACGUACAAACAUUCAUACUCACACACCCACAAAAAACACAUACAUCACAUAUUUCAAUAUCCAAGAUGAAUGACAAUAACAAGGAAAGAGCAUAAACAUUUCAUUCCUGUUCUUGGAGGCACCUGGAGCUCACUUCAGGGUGCUGUCUCUUCCUGUAUGACUCUUAGGCCUAGCCUCACAGUAGAGGUAAUGUGUGUGCACUGUUGAAGAAUCAGGGACUGUCACUAUGUACCCAGGAUUCUCUGAGACCUGCUUAUAAGCCUGGGUUCACACAGGUAAUAAAAUUCAGCAUUGGGUAGGCUUGCUGCUCAUGUUUUGGGAACAAAGCAAGAUCCAUACAUACAACUCCUUCCCAGGGAGAGUGGAGCCUACAAACUCUGAAGAAAGACCAUCUAACAGGUCUAACUCUUAGCCAGGGGCCCUGCCUGCCAGAUCCCCAGACCAUCACAGUCACAGGAACAAAAUAUGGACAGAGGUCUAUUUGUGCCUGAUACAGCAACAGGAUUAGGAAGAAGGGAAAGGGAAAAGACACAGCAGGUAACCCUGGCAUGAAGGAUGGGGAGGGGCAGUGGCACCCUCUCCCCUGACAGGGGCCCUUUGUGAUAUGGAGACCACAGCUGUGUGAUGUGGCCUGAGCCCCAUUGAAAAGUCACAUGCAUUACAGCACAGGUCAGUGGCCUGUGAGCUGCACUGCGAUUCAGAAGAUGGAAAGAUUUCUCAAUCUGAUGAAUAGCAUUAUUUACUCAUGGGUGAGCCCCAGCACGAUAGACACAGCAAUGGACAUGAUCAUUGCCAUUCUGUGUGGAGCUCGGCUCUUUCUUCUACUGACCCCCUUCCUGAAGAACCUCCCUGUGUCACCGUGUGAAAGUGAAAAGGACAUCACAGAGGACUGAAGAGAGAAGGCAGCUUGUUAAUGGGAGUGAGGAAGAAAGGACCCCAGCUAAUUUGUGUGGUUUAUAAAUGACAGGAUGUGAGGAUGAGGCAGAGACAAACCAGGAAGAAAAUCGCUACUCUAAAAGGUUGCAGAGAUGCUGCAAAGAUUGUGGAUGAGACCAAGACUCUAUCACAACCUAUGAAAAUGGAGCAACUUCUCCAGGACACCACACCACAUCCCUGGUUGAACCGUCUUCAGAAAAUGGACCACCUUCUGAUAUUUCAGCCAUUGUCUCAUCUCAAUUGCUUGGAGUAUCUUAUACACAAGGAAUUUAGUCACAUUUUCUGGGGCAUAUCCACUCUUUUCUCUGAAUCAGUUGUGGCUGCUCCCAACAUCCUCAGAAACCCUUCCUUAGCACAACACAAAACCCUCAGGUUUCAUGAUGCCUGUCGCCCUGCUGCCCAAGUUCCUUCCAGGGAGCAAGGACCUCCAGAGUGUUCCCAAGAACAGCCAUUGCCUGCACAACUUGUGACACCAAGCACGUUAGCUGUGACAAAGGCCCAACUAAUGCAAAUCUUCCCAAGCUCUGCACCAAUUAAAACACCUCCUUGUUUUAAGAGGCAGGCCUUUGGAAAAGUACGUCCUACCACUGACAAAGGUAUACCUGUAUCACUAUUAAUGGAAAACCAUGCUUGUCCACAUGGACAGUAUUGGAAACACACCAAAGGUGAUCCAAGAACAUCAGGCAGUCUUUACGAAACCCACUCAAAACUUGACCCAAAACAAUGAGUCUGUCAGGUCAGGCUCCAUCCCUUGGGAGCAUUGGCAGAUGGCCCAUAAGAAUGAGGGGCCACAGAAUGAAGGAAAGGAAACUAAUGUGGGACAAGAACAAGGAACCCCCAUCACAUUCCUCUCAUCCUGAAAGUGGACCCAGCUACAGGGAAAUUUUGUAGCAAAAACUGAUAAUUAUUGCAAGAGCAGGGCUCAACUCUCCCAACCUGCCCAGCACUCCAUCCUCAACCACAAAAGCUACAUGUGGAACAAAAUGAAGGGGACUGUGCCCAUGGAGGUACCCUUACAGGAGGUCACAGAAAAGAAUGAAAAAUAUACCACCAUCAAGAAGGGCACUGGUUUAGGGGGCAAACACCUGCCUUGCCCUUCCAUCAGCAACCUUGAGAAGGGGCUGAAAUUCAGGAACACCACACUAAGGACAGACAAGCAGCUUUUUGUAAAGGCUGCUAAUGAUCAUACCUGCCUUGAUUCAAAAAACGAAAGGAAGCCACAGUCAAAUUGUACAGAACUUCCAGUCAAACCCAGAAGGAAACCAUAUCUGCAUUUCCUUGAGGCAAGCGAUCUCGCCACACCUGGAGUUCCAGCCUCAAACCUUCCCCAGGUUGUGUUUCCCUACUCCUCCAUUUGUGAUUCCAAGGAGGAGUACUAUUCAAAGGCUGCCAUGAUCCUGGAAAAUUUGCAUCACCAGGACCCAGGAGGGGCAAGGGUAGAAAAUGCCUCAACUGCCAGGCUAGAGAGUGCUCUGUGGAAGCACUCAGCUGCAGAGGUGCAGGAGAACCAAAGAGCCCCUCAACCUGAUGCCAGUCAUGGGCCCUCACAAGUCUGACCAGAUCCCUUUCAGACAUACCUGAGUAUUCAGCAACCUGACUUUUGCCUCCACGCAAAACCCCAGCAGAGCACGACUGGAAUGAAGUGAAACAGGCAGUCUCCAAAUAAAUACCAAUACAAAAAUUGACAAGCAUCCACAAAGGAAGAUUUCAGGAUGUGGACUCAGCUCAUCACUGCUGUCCUUUAAUAGUGCUUGGUCAGGAUGAAACUGUCCCACCCUCAUCAGCCAAACCAACAUAGUGGAGGUGAAAGAAGAGCCAUCUGCAUGGACAGUGAGUCUGGGAUCCAGUGAGAGUCACAAUGGCCAAGCUAUCGGUAUCAGUCCCAGGGACUAUGGGUCUUUACAGCCCAACAAACAUCCUGGUCAUCUGCAAACACCUACCCUACAGCCCUCAGUUCACUCCAUCCAAAAUAUACAAACACACAGUAUGAUAGACCUGAAAUCAAAGGAGCAGGCAUAGCCCUGGCCUGUGAGAAAUGAUCCAGGUGUCCCCAGUAAAGUACACCCUGCCAAGGUCAGCUUGCCUUCAAAACACUGGAUGCAUACCUUCCAGAAUACAUGCCAAAACCCCGUAAAUACCCUGGGUUUAGGUGAUGACUCCAGGAGGAGACAUGAGAGAUGAGAGCGUAGAAACUGGAGAGAUAUGUGUCCCAAAGGAAAAACACGAAGUGAAAGAUUUCAAGGGGUCCCAUCCCAAUGAAGGGAAGCAAAUCACUAUAAGAUAUAGAGCUAUAAGCCAGGGAGAAAGGCUUCGAAGAGUAAGUCCUUGCAUCCCAAGCUGCACCCAGAUCAGGGACACAACCAAGACUUGGAUACCAGGGAAAGGGGAAGUUACUUCGAAGAGCUCUUGGAAUAAAAUCACAAAGAAUGCUUCAAAAUAUGGAGGCUCCAGCACAAAAUACUUAGGGCAAGGGGAUUCCUUAGAGAAUGUUCUCUCCACACCAGGUACUGAGCAAGUACAGGAGGUGGUAACAAGAAACAAGGUCCUCUAUAAUACAGUAGCUGAAAUACAAUCACUUGUGAAUGCUCUGGCUCAGAUCCUGAAAACACUGAAGAGUACCGAUCAUCCCACUCUUCUAUGGGUCUGCAUGAAACAAUCCAUAGCAGAACAGUGAACAGAUUGAGCUGUGGCCAUGUCAGCCCUGAGAUCAAUAAUUAUCCCUUCACAUAUACGGAGAUUGAAGACCAACUACAGUCAGGGAUUGAAGCCCAGAGAGUGUGUGAUCUGAACCAAGGUGAGACAGAUAUCAGCUUUGAUCAGCUCCCCAUCCCCAAGGGAAGUGAUUUUCCUUCUGAGUACAGGGGAAGUGGAGACAAGCAGGAGUCAGGUCUUGCUGACCAGAGAUUCUGUGACCCAAAUAAAAUCACAACAAAUGUUGGAAUGGUCUGCUGGGCACAUCCAUUCCUUCGGAUACAGAGAAAACAGAAACAAACACCAGCUAGAAAUUGUCCAUGAACCCCUUUUACCACAUCAAACUACAAAGAAAGGAACGGGCUGUUGCCGUUCUCUGAGUCCCAUGGAGAAUUUUCCAAUCAAGCACGGGGGAAAUGACUGCUUAAGGACUUCAGUUGCUGCCCACCAAGCCUCUCACACCAGGUAGAUCUCACCAGGCAAGGAGCAGGAGGCUCUGGCCAUCAUUGUUCAAGAUGUCCCAUCUGCCCAUCCAUUGUGUCCCCCAUGCUUCCUGGUAAUAAACUUGGUUUUGUCCCUGCAAAGAAA